AUGGAUCAGUUCAAACAACACACAUGUUAUGCAACCAUUGGCAAAGAUGACGACAAUCCCGAAAUGGUGUCUUUGGGUGAGGGCUGCUAUUUCCCCGGCACUAUUGUCCACGAACUCAUGCAUACCGUCGGUUUCUACCAUGAACAAAAUCGUUCGGAUCGCGAUGACUACCUAUCAAUUAAUUGGCAAAAUAUCGACGCCUCGUAUAGCGAAGAGUUCAAGAAAUUAAGACCGGAUGAGAACCAAAUACUGACACCAUUUGACUACAACUCUGUGAUGCUUUACGGACCCCUUUCCUUCAGCAAAGACGGCCAGUCCAUCACAAUGGCGCCCAAACACCAGGGCUUCGGCAUGAAGGAGGUCUACGACAAGCCCGGCCUCACCGCUAUGGACGCCGAGGCCAUCAGAUUGCUAUAUAAAUGUUAAUAAUACUAAUUUAUAGAC